AUGCAAGAUCUUGUCCGUCUUCCUGCAGGCUACCGCCUCGUCGAAGGUACCCCUGAUGCCGUCGCAUACUGUCAUCUCCGCGCCGCCAGCGGUCUCACGCCGAAAACUGAAGAACAGGGGCGGCUCGCGCUCGCGGGUACUUGGUACAUGUGCUAUGUCACCUACACGCCGCCCGACGAUGGGAACAAGGAGCAGUCGGCGGAGGUAGUCGGAAUGGGACGUAUUAUUGGUGACGGAGGAUGGUAUUUUCUCAUCGCGGACAUUGCUGUUCUCCCAGAACAUCAGCGACGAGGACUCGGCGAUGCCAUCAUGACAACGAUUCUGUCACACCUUCGAUCUCGCGCUUCUCCAGGGGCUUGGAUUACCCUCAUGGCUGAUCCGCCGGGGAGACGGCUCUAUCAACGCCAUGGGUUUACAGAGACGGCACCAGCUUCGAUCGGCAUGGCAAUUUUUGCUUUAAUGAGGCGCGCUCUGAACCCAGGACAAGCGCUUGGGCCUGUUAUGGGAAAUAUAUAUUCCCGAGUUUUAGAUCCCAGGAGUAUUGCUGCGAUUUGA